ACUCCGUUCUGCGCUCUGAUUGGUCCGCUCCAAUGUUGUGGCCAGCACGCAAAAAGUUUGCCUCCAAGUUUCAUCAUCUUUGUGGAGCGAGCUCGGAAGUUUUUCUCGAAUUUGAGUUGAUUUUUGUGCGUUUGGCGAGCUGAUUGUUGUGCUGAAAGGUUCAUCAUUACAAGUGCUACGUGGGAAAAGCAAAGAUGGGUAGCGCCGGUGGCGGCUGGAGUGAAUUCCCGUCGACCAUGGAUGUCUUCAAGGAGGACGAGUUGAUCAACGAUAUUGCGGACAUGUACCAGCUAAACGAGGAAAAGCUGAUGAAUAUUAUGAACGAGGAGUUUCUCAGCCAGUACAGCUGGGAGGGGCAGCAGGCGUCGCCGGAUUCGACCACAUCUCCGUUCCUGAAUUCGCUGAACGACCCGGCGCUGGAUAUGGAGCAGGAAGAUUCCGGACUGCUGAAGAGUGAGCCCCAGCAGCAGCAGCAGUUGGUAUCGGUGGAUCCGAUGAUGGUCAAUGUACCGACGAGCGUCGUAAAGCAGGAGCCGAUCGUGGUCCACCAGCAACCUGUGACCAGCGUUGCGGCUCCGAUCAUCCUCACCCAGAACCGGGUCGCCAACAUCACGACGAAUGGAUCUACAAUCGUUCUGCAGAAUGCCCCUCCGGGUUAUUCUUACAUCAAGACCAUCGUGCCGACAACGACGUCGACGACCGUCCCGCAGACCAUUCUCCCGAAGACGUCGGCUCCGACUCCGGUUGUGAAAACGACGGUUCCCGUUAUGCCGCAGAUGUUUACAUUCCAAACGGCCGGAAACAACCAGAUUCUGCUUCAGGCGAACCCAGCGCAAAACAUUCACACCGUGGUAACUGGACCCAUUAUAACGACCGGACUUCCGCUGGUGAUGGAAUCUUCUUCAGCAUCCGUUGAGAAUCCCGGCAAGUUGCAGCUCAAUCCACAGCCCAAGGUGAAGGAGGUCAAGCGUUCGGCUCACAACGCCAUCGAGCGUCGCUAUCGGACCUCAAUCAACAGCUGCAUCGUUGAGCUGAAGAACAUGCUCGUCGGGGUCGAUGCCAAAUUGAACAAGUCCGCCAUUCUUCGCAAGGCUUUGGAUCACAUACGCCACUUGCAAAAGGAGAACAACAGCCUAAAGCAGGAGAACAUGUAUCUCAAGGCAAAGAUGAACAACCAAAAGUACUCGCUGAAGGAUCUGCUCGUCACGAACGUCUCGGAGAGCGAGCUGGGCCAGCUUGGCGGCCCGACCACGCCUCCACGGAGCGACCAAUCGUCUAUUCCGUCCUCGUCGCCGUCGCACAACUCGGACAACUCGAUGCCACCGUCUCCGUUUGGCACGACGUCCUCCGCGGACGAAUCUAUGCUGGACGAUGUCAUGGUUCCGAACGUGCACGGAAUGUCUGCGCACUCGCGGCUGACGCUCUGCAUGUUCAUGCUGGCCGUGCUGACGAUCAAUCCGUUUGGAAGCUUCCUGUCGGCAGGGUCGGAUGAACAGAUCGAUCCGGGCACGAGUCGUCGGAUCUUGACCGUGGACGAACCGUUCUUCUCGUGGAGUGGGUUGGCUUCGUCGGUGCUGAUCUUCGCGGUAAAUGUUGCUGUUUUGGCGUUUGGGUUGAUCAAGUUGCUUGUUUACGGUGAUCCGAUACUUCCGGUUCGUUCGAAGGCAUCCACCGAUUACUGGAAGCACAAGAAGCAAUCCGACUUGGACUUUGAACGUGGAAAUGUGGCUGCUUCGCUGAAUGAGUCGAAACGGUGUCUUGCAACGUUCGGGAUUACAAUCCCGGACAGUCGUCUGGAAACGGUCACCACUACCGGAUGGCAGUUCAUCCGGAUGUUCUUGCAUCGGAUCUACGUGGGUCGCUGGCUCUCCCGCCGCACUGGUGGACUGUUCAAGCCCGAUGCCGAGCGACAGGACGCGCUGAACUCGGCGAAAGAAUUGGCUCUGCUGUUUCAUCGCUUGAAUCAGCUGUCGCUCGUGUCCAAUCAACCCGAUCGCAACGGACUCAUGAUGUCGCUGUACGCCGUCAACAUGGCUGAAACUGCCGCGGCGGUCAUUUCCCCGGAGGACACCAUCGAGAUUUACAUCAUGGCAGCGCUGCGCGUCAAGAAGAGCUACCCCCGGUUCAUGCAGUACUUCUGCCGUUACUAUCUGGCCAAGGCAAAGCAGCUGGGCGAAACCAUGGAGCAGGGCAAGUUCGGCUGGGCGUUUACGUCGUUUGGUUUCCGCUUCCUCACGAAUCACGCCGUUCGGUUCGAGGAACACCCGGAAUCGCAGAUGUUCACCAUGUUGGGCAAUCGAGCGGAUCCGCUGGAGUACAUUCUGCGAGAUUACCGCGAGAACCUGCUCCGGAAGUCGAUCCAGUGCCUCGUUGGAUCGGGACAAAUCAACUGGAAGCAUGCGCAGCAGCCUCUUGAAGCUAAAGACGCAAAGGAAGAGCAGUCGGACAACGCCAAAUCCACGAACUAUCCGUACUCCAGCUGCCAGAUCAGCAACGUGCUUCACUUUGUCGAGCUACUCAAGGACUGUCUCAGCAAACAAGACCGUCUAGCUCACUGGUGGUCCAGCCUGUUCAGCAUUGCCGCUCACUGGUUGCUCGGUGAAGACAUGGAAGCUGAACUGCUGUAUUCGCACAUUGAAAAUCUACCGCAAGAUUUAAUCAACGCCGAAGACACACUCCCGAAAGCCCUCCUCGCCGCUUUCCACGCCAAAAAACAACUCCUAAGCCGGCCACACUACGAUUCGAUUCGCGUGUUUCAAAAGUGCAACGCCGGAAGUCGCUUCCUCGAGGACAGUCUUACAAUGAACAUCUGCAAAAGCCCGAUCCAGCUGAAACUCCUAGCCCAACUGCUCGCCUGCGACUGGCUGCUGGAAGCACGCACCGCCCUCUGGGAAUCGGACAACGAAAAGUUCCAGAGCCAAUCCGGCGAGUACAUCCCGGUCUCCGGCGCCGUCCUGGCCAAGUUCCAAAAGGACCUCGAUUCCCUCCGCACCGUCACCAACGAAAUCCCGAACGCCCAGUCGCGCAUCUUCCUGUACGAAGCCGUCUGCCGGUUGAUGGCCGGAGCCGCCCCGGGUCCAACCCAGCAACUGCUCGGACACAGUCUACGCCAGCGGUACGCGCGCUCUUCGAUCAUCUGCAGCGGCAAGGACCGGAACGCGGCCCAACAGCAGCUGGUCGGAGGACGCGAACGAGCUGCGGCCCUGUACGUGGCCUGCAAACAUCUGCCGGAACCGUGCCUGGCGACGCCGGGCGAGCGGACCAGUAUGCUGCGCGAGGCGGCCAAAACGCUCGAGCGGAUCGGCGACAAGAAGCGGCUGCAGCAGUGCUACCAGCUGAUGCGAUCGCUCGGCAGCGGAGCGGGCACGAACUGAGCGGAGUUGCUGCCGAAAUUAAAUUACUAUUUAUUGAAGAUCAAACUUGCGUUUUCUCACGUUGAUUGUAGAGGAUUAGAGCUGUAGGCGUUGACUAAAUGAACCUUGCUUGAUAUUUUUCUUUGGCAAGUUAUUAGUAUUAGGUUAUUUUUUAAGCUUGGAUAUAGAAAUAAAUGCUUCAAGACUAAUAAA